AUGGCCGCUGCGUACCCGCUGGCCGGCGGUUCCACCCGAGACAUCCAGCCCCUGGAUCCGGACUCGCUCAAUCUAGACGAUUUCAAAUCCCUCCAUGUGUCAACACCCAUCGAGUCCACAAAAUUCGCCUUCAUCAGCAUGCUUUUAUCCCGAGUGUUGAACCUCAAGUCUGAUACGCUUCUACUAGAAUGUUCCACCACAGAGCCACCCGCGCUGCUCAGAAACAAGCCGUCGCCAGAGCUUCUUCCUCAAAUAGCGAUGCCUCCUGACCUAUGGCUAAUUCCCGAGCUCGUCAUCCGAAAUGCCGUGCUCAAGGCUGCAAUCUUGCGUGAAGUUAACACCCUUCUUCUGCUGUAUAUCGAGUCGCUUCAGACCAACGAGCUUUUCCUUCUUGACGAUGCGUUGAUCGCCAGCUUGGAGAAACGCAUUGCUGACAGUAAUCUCGCAGUCUUUGCCUACAAGCAUGAGCCAGAGCCGCUCUUUGACUCACUCCACGAGGUCGAGGAGUUUGAGGAGAAUGACACCACCGAGGAGUACUCAGUUUUUCUGCGGCGCUCUGUCAGUGGAAACCACGAGCUGAUGAUGUCCAAAGCCAGCUCCAGACCCAUGAGCACAACCAGCAGUAAAAACCUCCAUCGUCUCUCCAGCUUCUCGCGAGAGUUUGUGGCCAACAAACGUAAAUUCUCGUCGUUUUUGGGCCAGCAUACGCUCUCUGAAGAGGACAGACUGACACUGCUGCCCACAACCCCGCUCCAAAACCUGCCGGUGUUGAAUCCUCUGCCACAGCUACCGACUCCGACACCACACAAGGAUGGUUCAGGGACGCAGGCACUCGCAAAUGGACUCUUUAAGUCUCGUAUUUAUUCCAAGAUUAAGAAAAGACGCGAACUGGCCAACUCGGUGGUCUCCACCACUACCAGUCUCAGCAGCAUCAACAGCAGCCCGUCACUCAGACGCAAGUCCAACGCAGGCAACGCAUUUGAGGCUGAUUUUACUACUCCAGGGAAGGCCUCACCUCCACUCAACGAAAUGCAAAGAAUAGAGAACCAACGUCGGAAACAUGAGUAUUACCUCCAGACCAAGAUGUUUGGGGAGCUCUCCAAUGUGCUCACAGGAUUUCUCGGCAAGUCGGGGCUGCGGGCCAACUUGAUGCGGCUAAUGGACUUUAUAAAGAAUUCGGUGUUUCGAUUUAUUCUUGUUGACAUUUGUCAGAUGAUCGUGGAUUAUGGCCACUUCAAGCUUCUCUAUGGGUCAUGGCGAGACGCUAAGUAG